UAUUUCACAUUUCAGGCCAUAGAAUUAGUUCCAGAAUGGCAUGAAACAGAAUAUACGAAUCCAAAAUAUAUCGGAUAUUUAUCAGUGACAUUCUCGAAGUACAGUCGAAAUGGACCUCGUUUUGUUAAUCUAGAAGUUGAAACGUUAUCGGGAGCCGGUAAUAAUAUGUCGCUGGGGGUGGCACUGUACGAAUAUUUAGGCGGUCAUUACAUACCGACGCCCAUCCAAGGAGAGAUGAUGUUUUGUGAUUUUCUACUCAAAGAGCCCUUUUUGGGACAAAUGUAUUACAAGCAGUUGCCUCCUAAUUUGACGUGCCCAUUUCCACCUGGAGACUAUCACUUAAUGAACUUGACGAUCAAUUUGGACAACUUUCCGUACAACAUACCGUUCACAUAUUCUUCUUUAAUAGUCAAGAUUCGCUUGGAUAUCGAAGGAUUUAUAACUGCUAACAGAUCCGAUAUAGUAUUCAGAUGGAAGACUUUUGAUAAACUCACACAAUCCAUAAAAAAUGGAAAUAAAAAGAAGAAACCGAAAAAACAGGGAUUGCAGCUAAUAGGGAUGGAUAAUGUUUGAAAUAAGAUUAUGACUUGAAUAUAUCAGCGUUUUUAUUUGUUCCCAUUCUGCAUUCAUUAAAAUAGCCCGGUCUUGACCGGUAAUAUUAAUUGAAUAUUUAUGGUGCCAUAACCUCCAGAGGAAGAAAGCGUAACCCUCAUAGGAUCACAAAUUUAAUACUCUCUCAACGAAACCUCAGUAUACUGAAAUUCGUCACGAAGCAACAUCUUAUACCAGACUUGGUUAUUGAACGAUUGCCACAGAUGCGGGAUUGCUCUUGGUGUUUAGUUUUGGUGUCUGUAUAAAAUAAAAAAGUAUUU